CUUCCUCUCCUCCAAAGCUAAAACCCUAACCAGUAAAAUCCUACUCUGCCUCCAUCUACUUAUCCAACAAAAAUCUGAACCCUGAAUGAUCCUAUCACUAAUUUGAACUUGGUGCUGCUAAUUUUUCAUUGAAGAGUAUUAAACUUGUUUUUUUUUUCUUCCAUUUCCAACAAGAAUAGGGAGUAUCAAUGUCAAACAUUCCAGAAGAAGUGUACUUGGAAAUCCUCUACAGAGUACCAGUGGAAACAACAUAUGUGUGUAAGUGUGUAUGCAAAUCUUGGUUAGCCAUAAUUUCUGCUCCUGCUGUUGUCAAAAUGCAUCUUAAUGUUACUAUCCAGAAAAACAACCCUAACCUCAUGAUUAAAUACCAUGACCCAAUUCACCAAACUACUCCUUUAUUCUCUGUAAGUUAUGAUUCGUUAUCGUCGUCGAUGAAUGAAAUUGAAGAUGUUGCCCUUAAUAUGGAUUACCCAUUGGAAUCUUAUGGUUUUCUGUUUAAAACAUUGGGUAUUUGUGAUGGUCUGUUUUGCUUAGGUUUCGAAGUUAGUGUUACUGAUGUUCUUUAUCUUUGGAACCCAGCAACAAAAGAAUACAAGGAAUUACCUGAUUCACCAAAUGAAUCUUCUGCUAAUCAAGAGCUUGGGAUUUGUGGGUUUUGUUAUGAUGAUAAGAUUCACGAUUACAAAAUUGUGAAACUGUUACAGUACACUAGAAUUGUGGGAGAUAGUUAUCCGGUCGAUAGGAUCGAUCAGAGUCAAGGAAUGUCUUUGGUUGAUGUUUAUACCAUGGGGUCAAAUUCAUGGAAAAGCAUUGAAUCCGUUGCUUAUAGUUUUCCUAUCUGUGGAGUUCCGGGGGUGCUUGUUAAUGGAGCUCUUCAUUGGUUAGGACAUACCCAAGCGCUACAGCGUUCUCUGGUUAUGGUCUCUUUUAAUGUCAACGAAGAGAGAUUUGAAGAAUUGCAACUACCAAAACAACCCUUUGAGAAAAAGAAUAUAUUUGUAACUUUGGGAUUGCUGAAAGGGUGUCUUUGUGUCAUCAAUAGUGUUGAUUGUGAUCGCUUUCAAAUAUGGAGGAUGCAGGACUAUGGAGUUCGAGAAUCGUGGAAUUUAUGUCAUGUUAUUACCAAUGAAAGAAUAGUGAAUGAUUCUUUAUUAAUCUUGGUUUGGUUCAAGAGUGGUGAGAUUCUAUUUCAGAUUCCUGGUGACCUAGUUUUUUAUGACACAAAGAAUGGAACAGCUAGAGAGCCAAAUAUCCGUAGUUCAUCAUUGGUGUUGAUGAAGCAGGAGACUUAUUUUGAAAGCUUAGUUUCUUUGAACUCUGGUACUUUUGUGCAGCCAUGGAGAAUAGAGGAGGAAAUAAUUGAAGAAUGAGGAAGAAGCCAAUGUGGAGAAGGAUGAUUAUGUCAUUAGUCCUUUUUAUCUGUAAUUGAGGAAUGUCUUUGAAGAGUUUGGAUUCCGGAUUUCCUUUCGUAAAUGAAAUCAGUCUUACAGAUAUGUCAUACCUAGAAGAGAUGUGCUGUUUCUGUCCUUUCUUAAAAAUCUGAUGAUCGUUGGCUACAAAAGCUUGACUGAGUUCUGUUCGUUGCCUUCCCUGCAGCAGUUGUAUUUGUUAUUUAUCGGAGAUUGAUCACAGGUUAGUAAACUUUAUCAGUCGCAGCCUUACCUCUCUCACCAAGCUUCUUUUAGAAAAUUUAGAGGAACCUCUUUUGAAUUCUAAACUUUUAAGGGUAUAAAUACGUAGUUUGAAGGUUGCACUAUUGGCACCUUUCAGAGAUUGGUCUUGAUGAGUUCUAAAGUUUCUUCCAGAUUUAUGAAGAUGGAUUUUGAUUUUGUCUGAAAUUAACCACCUUCUGUGUGUCUUUAACCUAUGAUUUUAAAUCCCUCUUUUCUUAAAGAUCUGUAUGUAUAUCUAUCCUGUUCAACAAAAUUAGCAACAUGAAGAUGUAUAUGAUGCAGCCGGUUUGAUCAAUUUGUAGCAGCCUAGCAGGUAGUCUCUCUGUCUCUGACUUCAAUAUCUUCUUUACUUUGAUUAUGUGUAGAUGAGAUUUGAGGGGUGGUAUGAUUUGAUUUCAGGUUUUAACUUUCUUAUUUACUGUUGUUAGAAUCACUGGGUAUCAGUUUUGUGUUCCGUCUCUGAAUUUUGGUCCUACUUCUGUGGCAGUCUGCAGGUUAUCUUCUUCUGGUUGUAAUUUUCUUUCUUUUUGAUCAAUUUUGUGGCUUUGGUUGUGUUGCAGGCUCGGAGCUCAUUAUUUUGCUACUAAUGGAAAAUCUGCAAGGAAAGGCUAUGGUUUCGGCAGAAGACCCAGAGAUACAAGAAUGAGAUGCUCGAGCUCAACAUUAUAUCUGAGAACACCCCACAAAAAACUAUAAAAGAAGACCUCUGAAGUUGAAACCCCAAAGCGCCCAAGCACCCCAAUACUUCCAGCAACCGUCGCAUUUCCUCAACCACUGCUGCAAUCAAGCUGAAGAUUUUUUUUUUUUUUU